UCUUAUAGGCUUUGUGUAACAGGAUUUUACUCUGUGUGUGUGUGCAGUGUUUAUAGGCUUUGUCUCUUCAGACCACUUCGGCAUAUGUUUAUCCCUGUCUUUCUCAACUGCUGGUUAGCCAAGAUCGCCAUGCAAGAAAUAUUUAAUGAUCUUCACCGGGUCAUGCAAAGGUCACAGUCAGCUUUAGCCCAGCAACUGUUGGUUCUGGGCGCCACCCUAAUGUGUAUUGUUUUUGUCAG